UUUUAUUUGGCCUUUUUUCGCCCCUUUCUUUUAUGUACUUCAUGACUCACCUUACCGAACCCUUUCCUUCUUUGUGCCAAUCCCCUUUGUUCCCUACCUUCUUCAUUCAAUGCCCCUUAAUCCAUACUUUUUUUUUUUUUUCAAACAAGAUUUCUUUGUUGUAUUUCUAGCUACAUACGCAGUUCGGGGUGGUUUUAGUGAUUUAUUCCUCAUCAUAUUUUCUUCUAUUACUUUAUUUUUUACCUCUCCUGGUUUCAUGCGUCAUGCUCUCUUUGGUUGUAUAUGUCUUGUUCCGCGCAAUGAUGAAUAUGAAUAUGGGGUACACUCCGGCUCGAUCUAAUGGGGAUAUACAUAUAAUAAUAAUUCAAAGAAUAUGUUUACA